AUGAAAAUACAUCAAGGACAAUCCCUAGAUAAGUUAGAAACUCCGAUGAAACUAACCUGUAGGUUGAUCGUACAUCAGCAAGAACAAGUUUUCCCCUUUUCUUUCUUCUCGGCAUCGCACACUCCCGUCUCUCCGAUCUCCCGCUCCUCUUCACUUUCUCUCUCUUGGCGGCUUAGAUACUCUAGGGUUAAGAUAGUGUACGUAUGUAUUGCGCAAAACGCGAUUGCAUAUGGAGGCAAAGAAGGCAAACCAGAAGCUGCAAUGAGCUCAAAUUCUCCCCACUCAUUUGAAGUACAGCUGCAUGUCACUCGCAUCAAAUCGUGA